AAUGUGUUAAUAUAAACUGUCGGCGUUAGAUCUGGUCUAUUGUUUUAUAAAAGAAAUAUAUUUAAAGAUUUAGGAAAUGGCCAACAAAUCAGAAAUACCUCUUCCAUCCGAAGAUUUAGAUUGGGUGCAAUUACGACAGGAUUUGGGACCCGUUGUGGAAGUGGAAACAACCAAGGAGAAACUAUUGCGCAAAAUAAACGAAAACCCUUUGGUGCCAAUAGGCUGCCUGGCUACAACUGCGGCCCUAACAGCUGGUCUAUAUAAUUUUCGCACCGGCAACCGGAAAAUGUCACAGUUUAUGAUGCGCACUCGAAUUGCGGCACAAGGAUUCACGGUCCUGGCACUGAUUGUGGGCGUGGUGAUGACAUAUGGAGAUAAAAAAUGAAAUCAUUGAAAACGAAACCAAAAACUUAUCAAUUACAUGUGUAUGUAGUGUAAAUUAAACGAUUCGAGUUGACUUUCUAUUACUGCAAAGUUUAUACAGCAGCUAAUCCUGAUUUGACCCACAUCGGAUUGACUUGCAUCAUUGUUGUUUAAAGCACUUAGGUGCCAUUUAAUUAUGUUUUUAUCUAUAUUCAGAUAUGGGAAUCAGCUUAAACCGACUUAAAUAACUAACAUACCACAGAAAGCGAAACCAACAGAAAAUCUCCCAAUUAUCCAUACAUUUUUGAGAAAUUUUCGGUUGGUUUCGUAUUCUGUGGCUCCCCUGUAUGAUUUGCUAAAGCAUUUGUUUGUUAUAGCGGUGUAACUCAACUCGACUAAAAAGUCGUGUAAACUUGGUACAUUUGAGCAUAUUCUAAGUAGUAUAUAUAUCGGUGUUUUUUUUUUUUUUUUGGAGGUAGUUGACAAUACUACUAAUUUGUUAUUAUACUUUAAGAUGAGAUCUUAAGUGCCUUCCCCAAAUAUAAGAGUUUAUUAAUAAAACAUUAUUUCUUUGUUGAAAACGAGGCGAUAAUUUAAAUAAAAAGGAUUAAAUAUUUUACUAUAUCA